GUAUGUGUUAUAGACAACUCAGACAGUACUUCUUUAUUACUUUGGGAUAAAAAAUGUGUGAACCUUUUCGGUAUGCAAGCUAGCAUGAUGAAAAUCUUGGUCUACGAGGAAGACGAACCCAUUGACUUCUCAGAUGAUGAUCCACUGCAUAUCAUUUUGUCCACCACAUUGGACGACCCGAGCUCCUCCGGGGACGGACCACAACACAAGGUUUGCAUCAAGUCCGUCCCUGAGCGUGUGGCCAUUGCUGCUUCUGAAUCUAUUCCUGAGUUCUCGGUGUUGGUUGGAAUACGGGCCCCGUCACUCCCCGAUGGAAGGUCCCAACGCGCGCCCGUGGAUCUUGUCAUGGUUCUAGAUGUUAGUGGAAGCAUGAGCGGGCAGAAAUUGGCGCUCGUGAAGCAAGCGGUGCAUUUUGUGGUUGAUAACUUGGGACCGUCCGACAGGCUUUCUAUUGUGUCGUUUGCGACUCACGCAAAGAGAGUGUUACGCUUGACUCUAAUGACGGAGCACGGACGCGACGAGGCUAGGUGUGCAGUCAAUUCGCUAUUGACCAAGGACACAACCAACAUCGUCGCAGGCCUGAAAACGGCGGUGAAAGUCCUUGAAGAGAGGCGACACCGGAAUCCGAUGGCGACCAUUUUGUUCUUGUCGGAUGGGAAUGAUAAUUGUAAUGGAGGCUCAAGCUUUCAAAGCAGAGGUUCACGGAAGGCUCCGGAUUAUCUGCAUUUGUUGCUUGCGUCUAUCUGCCCUAGGAAUCAAAAAACAAUGGGAGAAGAAGAUGAUGUUGUUAAAGAGACAUUUCCGGUCCAUGCAUUUGGUUUCGGUUCGGACCAUGACCCGGUUGCAAUGCAUGCUAUUGGCGAAGCAUCAGAUGGGACUUUCUCCUUCAUCGAGUCGUAUAGAGUGGUACAAGAUGCUUUUGCUAGUUGCAUUGGAGGGGUGUUAAGCGUGGUGGUUCAGGAUCUUUGUUUGAUGGUGAGGUCAGCGUCGCACGGGGUAGAAAUCAAGUCGAUUCCUUCAGGGAGAUACCGUAGUGAAAUCUCGGACCAAGGCUCCCAGGGAUUGCUCCACAUUGGGGACUUGUACGCAGACGAGGCCAAAGAAUUUUUCGUGAACGUGUCAGUUCCGGUCUCCUCCCUGUCCUCGUCCAAUGAUAGUAUCGAGAGAAAAACGACUCUUUUGGACAUUAAGUGUUCUUACAAGGAUGUCAGUGCGCUGUCUAAGAACACAAUGCAAAGGAACCGCCUUCGUGUGAUAGAAGGCAUCACGCAAGCACAGAAGAUGGCUGAGAGUGGAGACCUAACCGGAGCUCAGGAACUCCUGCAAGCCAAAAGAGAGGAACUGCUAGGUUCGGCGUCAUGCCAUGCGAACGACAACUUGUCGAUGUGCCUAGUAGCGGAGAUAGAAGAGACGAGGAAAUGGAUGGAGAAUAUGCACGUGUAUUGCUCGUCAGGGAGAGCGUAUGCUCUCGCUGGGAUGAGCUCUCAUGCAAUGCAAAGGGCAACGACUCAAGGCGGGCAAGUGCCUGGAACACAAUUGGCUACGGGUUGCGCCCGCCGUCGAUCUAGCUCCAGGAAAGUUUGUGGUGGUGCUUUCUAUGCAACUCCAAAUAUGGCAAAGAUGGUUGAGAAGUCAAAGAAGGUCACAAAAAAGAGAACAAGAGAAGGAGAAGAGUCCUAGUUUCUUUAUUUACUUAUGGUUUGGGAGAUGCGAGAUUAUGUUUUUUUUCAAGUCAUUAAUAAGUCAACGUUAUGUUAGUGUUUUGCAUGCUUUUUUAGUUUGGUACUAGUAGCUAUUUUAGCUAGCGUUGAGUCACAUGUUCUUUUUUGGUGAAUGGUAAUGAAAAUAAAGAGAGAUUGUUUAU